CACCUCUCAACGCAAGCUCCGAUCACGACGACCGUCCUCCGCUGUCACCCUCAACCACAGCUCCCCUACCCCAUAUCUGUCCCAUUUCCUCAUACAAACUCUCUGUCCGACCCCAUAAAAGAUCAUUUUCAGCACAAUGGAGCGCUUCCGGAACCUAUUAGGUGGCGGUGGUAUGGGCCUUGGAGGAGCUGCCCAUGGCACGGACAACACAAACCUGAUCGACAACUCCGAAACCGUCUACAUUUCAUCCCUGGCCUUGCUGAAGAUGCUUCGGCAUGGUCGCGCAGGUGUGCCCAUGGAAGUCAUGGGUUUGAUGUUGGGGGAGUUCGUGGAUGACUUCACCGUCAAGGUCAUGGAUGUGUUCGCUAUGCCUCAAAGUGGUACUGGUGUCAGCGUCGAGGCUGUCGACCCCGUUUUCCAGACCAAGAUGAUGGACAUGCUGCGGCAAACAGGACGACCCGAGUCCGUUGUCGGCUGGUACCACUCCCAUCCCGGUUUUGGAUGCUGGCUCUCGUCAGUCGAUAUCAACACCCAGCAGUCCUUCGAGCAGCUGAACCCCCGAGCCGUCGCCGUCGUUAUCGAUCCCAUCCAGUCAGUCAAGGGCAAGGUUGUCAUUGAUGCAUUCCGUCUCAUCAACCCCCAGCUCUUGAUGAUGGGUCAAGAGCCCCGCCAGAGCACGAGCAACUUGGGUCACCUCAACAAGCCUUCCAUCCAGGCUCUUAUCCACGGUUUAAACCGACACUACUACUCGAUCGCAAUCGACUAUCGCAAGACGGCGCUCGAGGAGAACAUGCUGAUGAACCUCCACAAGCACGUCUGGACCGAGGCGCUAGAGAUGGAUGAUUUCAGAUUGGAGGGAUCGAAGAACAAGGAUAAGCUUCAGCGCUUGGUCGCCCUGGCCGAUGGCUACGAGACCCGCGUGAAGGAGGAGACUGAGCUGACUAAGGAUCAACUCAAGACCCGAUACGUCGGCAAGCUUGAUCCGAAGAAGCAUCUCGAAGACGUGGGCCAGGAGCUCAUCGAAGACAAUAUCGUGUCAGUUUCGCGACAGAUGAUUGACAAGGAGGCGACGAUGCCCAAAAAGGACAGCCCAACGGGAUCCAAGGGACGAGCGAAUGGUGAGCAGAUGGAUGUGGAGGAGGAGCUAUAAGGAAGCAGAAGAAACGGACAUGCGGAGGCUUCGGAAUAAACUUGUAAGAUUACGGGGCGUUGGAGUCGGACGGGACGGACGAUAUAGAGACCAUGCUGUGUUUACGAAUUCUUGCACGAGGCAGGAUCGGAUCCACGGUAUUAAUUUCUUGCAUGAUGCGUCUCCCGCCUGCCCCUUUCCUGGCGCGUCGGCGCGACCGAACGGUUCCCCGCAGCCGCGCAAAAGGGGCUGCGGCGCGUUAAGCGCAGAGUUGAACAAACCCCCAACAAAAUCGAACAAAGCAGUAGCUUCACAAAACACAUAGGAACAAUAAAGAUGUUCAAAUCCGUUCA